UUUAACACCGGUCGCAGGCAGGAAACAUCUAAAUUGCUGAACUAACUCUUUACCAACCUUCGUGUCUUCUCCAUCUUACGCUUCAAGUCUUCUAGCUUCAAGUCUUCUAGCUUCAAGUCUUCUAGCUUCAAGUGACAUCAUAAUGCCGCAGGCUCGUCGUAAGGUACCGUUCAGCGGGAAGGCUAAAAAGCAACAGCUUCAAGCCAAAAAACAGAACAAGACGUUGCUCUUGUCAAAUCCUUCCUCCGUGCCAUCAAACGACACAUACAAUGAUCAAAUUAAUGCAUACAUGGCAGUUAACUAUCAGCCGACCAAAUCACGAGGACGGUCUGAUGGAAACAGAUACGCUCUCAAGUUCUACCGGGAGUCCAAUGAGGAACUCAAGAUGAAGAAGGAGGAGGCUUUUAAGUCUCUAAACCCAGUAUCUGAAAAGGAAAUGGAGAUUGAUCCUACGGAUUACUUCCCAAAGGAUAUAUCGUUCCCGCAGAGACCGCCGUGGGACUUCAAUAUGACCGCAGCGGCACUUGAUGCUCAGGAACAGAAGUACUUUAGGGAGUACAUCCAAACCCUACAGAACUCGCCGCACUGGAAGGAUAUGUCCUACUUCGAGCUGAACCUCGAAACUUGGAGACAGCUGUGGCGCGUUCUUGAAAUGUGUGAUAUUUUGCUGUUGAUCGUGGACGUCAGAUAUGCUGGCAUGAUGUUCCCACCAUCACUCUACGAAUACAUAGUAAACGAUCAGAAAAAAAACAUGAUACUCGUAUUAAACAAGAUAGAUCUCGUCCCGGCUUCAGUCGUAGCGGGCUGGAAAGAUUUUCUAACUGAUAAGUACCCCGGUCUACGGGUAGUUUACUUUACUUCCUGCCCGGGGUAUAAUCUAGCAGGCGGUAGCAGUGACAAGGGCGGUCUUCAAGUCCGCAGACGCAAGGGUCGACAGAGGAUGUGUGCAGAGGGCGCCACUAAGAUAUUAGAAGCUUGCAAGGACAUUGUACGUAACGAAGUCGAUCUAUCCGCCUGGGAGAAGAAGAUCAAAGAGGAGACCAAUGUGGAGUUUGAGGAUGAUGAGACCGAAGUGGGUGAAACUAUAUACGAGAAGGUGGACACAACAUACUACACACAUGAGAAGUACAAAAAUGGUGUGUUAACCAUCGGUUGUGUGGGUCAACCCAACGUCGGCAAGUCGUCUCUCAUGAAUGCCAUUAUGGGUAAAAAGGUGGUCUCCGUAUCAAGGACUCCGGGACAUACGAAACACUUCCAGACUAUUUGUUUAACAACUGGGGUCCGUCUGUGUGACUGCCCUGGUUUAGUGUUCCCGUCUAAAGUUCCACGGUCGAUACAAAUUCUCAUGGGAUCGUAUCCGAUAGCACAAUUGAGGGAACCUUAUACGGCUAUAAGAUAUCUAGCGGAGAGGUUGGAUUUACCGAGAUUGCUUAGGAUUGAGCAUCCGGAGAAUGACGACACGUGGUCACCGCGAGAUAUUUGUGAUGGCUGGGCGAAAAAGCGAGGCUAUCUCACCGCUAAAGCCGCUAGAUUGGACACGUACCGUGCGGCAAACAGUAUUUUAAGGAUGGCCUUAGAUGGCAGUUUGUGUCUAUGGCUCCGUCCUCCCAAGUUUACGGAGAAAAGAGAAAAAUACGAAGAAUGUCAAGAAAUAAAGUAUAUAAAGUGGGUCCAAGCGCUUACCAAUGAAAAUGUAGCAGACACACCGUCCGACUCCGGGACCGAGGUCUCGUCACCUAACGAUGACAGCCAGGAGUCUGAUGAUGAUAGUGAUGAACAAACGGAGAUAGCGAACAAGUUCGCUGCUCUAGCUGGUGAUGAUUAGGGUUAAUAUAUAAAGUUAUUAUUCAUGUGAGAAAUGGCAUCCUGUUAUAUAGUCUUUAGCAAUAAAUACAUUACGUAUAAUGAUUACUUUUUGUCGAUCUCAUUGGUGCCGAGAUUAUGGGUCUGUUUUAUCACUUGUGGAUAACGCUAUUUGAUGACCUUAUCUGAGAGAUAAAUGUUUUUUUAAGUAUUAUUAUUUUUCAUCAUCGAAUUCCAGUUUAUGUAUAAUUCUAUUCGUGAAUGAAUUUAAAAUUUGUAAUUUAUUCCAUAUUAUAUAUUUUUGUGAAUAUAAAUUAGGGACAUU